AUGAUAACCUCAAGACAAUAUGAUACCCAAAUCGCACCCAAACCGGGAGGCGACAACCCAACGCCAGUACCAAAGCACACUACUACCCCUGCCAGUCUAUUCCUCAAAGAAGAAGUCUACCGACUCGGAGCAUUACCAGGACUAAGAUCCCUACCUCCAGGCCCAGAGCGCGACUUUCUCACCCUAUCAUGGGGACCUAUCGUCUAUCGCACCUCGUACGCUCCAGAAACCAAACGCCUCCUGCCCGUAUUCCUGCGCUACCUCAACAAUUCCGUGCAACGGGCAUUGCGCCGGACAUUUACAGGCUCCGAUGAAGAAAUCCAAAUUCUUACCGAGACAUAUUCUUCCAAGGUCUUCAGCUCGCGAGAGAUGUACACCAAUAUGAAUGAGGAAGGGGUCCGGCAAGCUUUCCAUGAGUUCAAGGUGUCGCUUAGGAUACCUGAAACAGAGCUUCCGAGCAGACUGCGCAUAUGCUUGAUGCUAGAUGAUGAAGCGUUGGCGCACAUGAAGUGUGUCUUAGAUUUUUGCUCGAUGGCCGAGGAGGAUGCUGAUGUAGGUGGAUGUUGGGUGAAGGUUGUUGAGGAGAAUUUCCCGGAUUCGAGGAUGGGCGAUCACCCGCUUGCGCGACACGAUGUGGAAGGUGUAUCUGAGCGGGUUAGGGGACAUCGUGGGAGUUAUUAUGGGUGGACGAGGGUGGCAUUGAGUGCAUUGGUAGAGGUCUUUGAUGGGCUCCGUCAACUGAAAUGGUUGGUUGAUUAUCAUCGGGAGGGAAAUGUAUACAUGGGAGAUGGCAAUUGGAAGAGUAUAUCAAGCUAG